AUGCAAAGACAAACCAUCCUACGUUUUGGCGAUUUCAAUGCUAUGCAUACAACAUGGGGAUGUAACAAAAAUAAUGUAAGCGGAAAUCAUAUAUUCAACUGGUUAGAGAAAACAGGAAAUGAUAUAAUUGUACCAGAAAAAGCAACAUCCAAGAAAUCUAACUCGACAAUUGAUUUCGGCAUCACGCAUGACGCGCAGGAAUGGAAUUCACAAGUGCUAGAAGAAGCUACAUCUGACCAUUGGCCGAUUCUCUUUGAAACUCCUUUCACAAUUGAUGAUACACUCUUCUUCAAAUAA